UGAAGGGGAUGAAGUAGGUGCUUUAGAUAAAUGGCAGCAACUUAAAAUGCGUUUCAGAAGAUAAAUUCACUUUCUCUCCAUUUACCUGCUAGCAUGACAAAUUAAGAAAGAAGAGCAUAAAAACCGAGCAGGAGGGAAAGCAGUGCAAAAGCUAACUGAGGUGAUGCAACGGGCCCUUAUCCAAACAAGUGCAUGAACAGAGAUUCUUGGAAGUGCUCCUAGUCAAAUAUAAACCAGGAACACUACACAUGCCAGACUGCCUUGGAAAUCCAUGAUAGAGCAUGUGCAGAAGAUUCACCUGUCCUAAAAUAAGAUCCCAUACCAAGCACCAGGAGUGUUGUCAUUUGGGAAUUCAGUGUCUAUUCAUUUCAAAGCGGUGUUCCACCUCAUAACAAAUUGCGAGUUCUCUCUGUUGGCCCACACUAGACAGAGAAGCUCUUUAGCUAUGGCCAAAAACACCAGUAGAUCAAUUUGGGCUGAAAGCAGAUGGUUUUUCUCUCCCCCCAAAAAUUAAUCAUUACAAACCAUGUCUUGUCCUACAAUCAUCUCACAAUCAACAAAGAAAGUACUUACUGAAUAUCCUUUCUUAAGUAACCAAGGGCAACGUAGAAAGCCUUUUAUACCUCCUCUCUACACCAAAAUAAUGCGGCAAGUUAUUUCUUGGUGGUCAAGACACAAUGUGUUUACUGCUCCUUCCAUCCCCGAAACCGUGUUGUACCUCAGUCUGAGUAAACACUUUAACAUGUCCUCUGCAACUGGGCCUUACAGAUGUAAAAGUAUGUUUACACAGUAUUGCCUCUGCUCUUUAUUAGUUCUCAAGUACUUCACCGUUAAAGUUACAGCCCGAUGCACCUGUGCCUCUACACGUACACAAGAUGCGCCUUUUUACCAGCACCACCCGCUGAACCAAAGCUGCCUUAAAUUCUGGGGCCAGCUCCUCUCUGCUUCAGGGCGGGUUUGGGCUACCCUAAAAAACCUGGAGAAGCUACUUGUGUGCUCAGGAAAGGGAGAAAAGAAAAACUUUAGCGACUUGCUCUAAAACGUGCAUGCUGCUGAACAGCUUGAAUCAAAAAAUAGAUGCCCCAAAUGAGGAAGUCUGCCACAGAUGCAUGAAUUGUGAUACUGUUGUUUGGAAGUGAAAGACAACAAGAUUUCACCUUUUGGAGCAUGGAUUCGAAAUCCACUGUGGUUGUAACUGGUUUUGGUCCCUUUAGACAACACCUGGUUAAUUCUAGCUGGGAAGCAGUGAAGGAGCUGUCCAAGAGAGGCCUUGGUAAAACCAUAGAUCUCCGUAUCACGCAACUGCCAGUGGUUUACCAAAAAGCAAAGGAGCAAGUCUUCAAGAUAUGGACAACUCUUCAGCCACUACUUACUGUUCAUGUUGGGCUGGCUUCAUCCGCCAAAGCAAUCAUCAUCCUUGAGCAGUGUGGGAAGAACAAAGGCUACAAAGAGAUGGAUGCUUGUGGUUUUCACCCAGAAGGUGGCUGUUGCAUGCUAGAUGGUCCGGAAAAGAUUGAAUCUACAAUUAAUAUGAAGACUCUCUGGAAAAACAUUUCAGUGGAAGGGAUUGAUAUAAUCUUUUCCAGAGAUGCGGGAAGGUAUAUCUGCGACUACACCUAUUACGCUUCUCUGUAUUAUGGUAAUGGAAGAGCAGCUUUCAUCCAUGUGCCUCCAUUAUCCAAAUCGGUAACAGCAGACUCUCUAGGAAAAGCAUUACAGACAAUUAUCUUAGAAAUGUUAAAACAGUGUGGGGAAGAAAAAGAGUAAGAUGGAUCGUGAGAGAAAAAAAAAAAGAGGAUUUCUUAGAAUGCAAUUCCUUACCUCUUAAAAGUAGCAAAUGUAAUUGUUACUUAAAACCCUUACAUAAAAGAUUUUUAUAUUCCAAGUUAUUUUUAGCGAAAUCUCCUUACAGAAAACAAAUUACUCUGGUGUAAAAAGCUUAAGAGAAAAAAAAAUCAUCGUUUGUAUUGCUAACAAUGAUAAGGUUGCUUCAGAUUUAAGAAAGUGUGUGAACGUGGACUUAAAAGUUGUUACACAUUUUCUAAAAUCUUUUAAGUAUUUUUUUUUUGAAAAUUUUGGAGAAAACAAGAAACAUUUUGGAUGCUCAAUCCUAGUUCCAAAGGGUAGAAAAACAUUGCUACAGAUUUACUGAAUCAAGAUCCAUGCUUGCAGCUCUAAGGACAUUCAGCACUGGAUCUCAGAGGUCCUUCUCAGUCCCUGUUCAAGUCCAAUGAGAUAGCUCAUCUAAUAGAAGGUGCCCAUAUAACAACUUUAAAUACGGGGGAAAACCAAAACACACAGGGAUGCUGUUAUCUGAAGGUUUCUUCAAAUAUCUGUAUCUCUUGGAGCCCUGCUGUAAACGCUGGUUUUCACAUCAAAAACAGACUAUGGAGCUGGGGUGACUUAAAAAGAAAGCAAAUAAAAAGCUAGAAUCUGGCAGACACUGAAAUGCUGUUAGUGAUUUGGGUUUAAAUUGUCCCAAAACACCAUUUACCCCAAAUUCUCAGUAUCUGUCCCAAAGGAGAACACUGUAGUCCUUCCACAAAGCACAGAACAAAGACAACAGUCUUUCAGUACAAUGGGUCAUGGCUAUUCAGGGAUUUAUACAUCAAAAUCAAAAAGCUAACUUGUCCCAGGAAAGGCAAUCAUUGAAGCACUGUGCUGUGGAAUGCGUUAUGGCACAUCAUCUUUCUUACAAAACAGGAACCAAAUGAGAUCCCAAGUUGUAAAACUUGGGAUCAGACAGUGACAGAUCACUUCUGCGCUUCUCCCCUGCCAAGCCAGGCUCCUCGAUGUCUCAAACGCAGCUAUAUACAGAAGUACUGCACUAUUAAUGCUGGAGAAGACAGAGGUUUACAGAGUGUCCUCUCUAGCACACAUGGAAUGGCAACGCGUGCUCUCCUUAGUAAUUUUGCUAGUACCAAACCAGACAAUUAUGACAUAAAACUAGCAGUUAUUUUUCAAAAACAGCAGAAUGGAAUGGCAGCACCUUAAUAUGGGCAUCUGGGAUUUUUCUAAGGAAAACAAAAGCUCAUUCCUCAAGUGUCAUGUCAGUA